ACGAAGACACGAAGCACACGACGAAGUUGAAGGCGCCUUCAGAGAUGGAUACAAGCAGCAACGACUGCGAAUCAAAACAUGAAGCACAACAAGCAGCAACAGAAGCAUCGUUAGUCGUUGAGGCAACAACAAAAAAUUAGUCCAACAACAGCAGCCGACAUCGUCGCAACGUCAACACCAAAACGGAGUGUUAACGGAAACAGCGGAAAAUCCGGGAAACUCGCUCUGCGUGUGCGUAUGUGUGUGUGUGAGAGUGUAGCAUAUGCUUCUGCAGCUCAAUCGCAAGAUUUUUCUCAAAUUUAUAAAUAAAUAAUGCGCCAAAGGCAACCGUUAAUGAAUUAAAAACUAAAGCCGGCGCUGAAGUGAAUACGUGAGUGAUUUAACGUUUGAUCUCCCGCAUGGAAUAGUAAUGAAAUAACAUAUAAAUAUAUAUAUCGUUUAUAUAUAAACUUAUAUAUACUACACCCAGAAGGACUAACACAACAUAAACUUGCCGUAAGCAAUUUGGAAGUCACCCCACCUGGACUAACCACACAACAACUAAGCGACCCACCCUUGGGACCAACCUCGAACAUAAAUUGACUGACGACCAACUUGACCAACCACAACCGCCACGAUGUAUGGCAUGCUGUAUGAGAGUGUCCAGCAUUACAUCCAGGAGGAGUAUGGCAUGGAGACCUGGGCGAAGAUUUGCCAGAUAGUCGACUGUAAGCACACCAGCUUCAAAACCCAUCAGAUAUAUCCCGAUAAAUUAAUGCCGGACAUUGCGGCCGCGUUGUCUGCUUGCACAGGAGAGUCCUUUGACUUUUGCAUGAACUUCUUUGGCAAAUGCUUUGUGCGCUUCUUUAGCAACUUUGGUUAUGACAAGAUGAUUAGAUCUACCGGUCGUUACUUUUGCGAUUUCCUGCAAUCCAUCGAUAAUAUUCACCUGCAAAUGAGAUUUACGUAUCCCAAGAUGAAGUCGCCAAGCAUGCAGCUGACCAAUAUGGACGAUGAUGGCGCCGUUAUACUAUAUCGUAGCGGUAGAACAGGCAUGUCGAAGUAUUUAAUCGGCCAGAUGACUGAGGUGGCCAGGGAAUUCUAUGGCUUGGAGGUGUCUGCCUAUGUGAUUGAGAGUCAGAAUGAUAUAUGCGGCGGAACUGCAGGUCCUAUCAAGCUGACCGAAGGCCCAUUGACUGUCAUUGUCAAGUAUCGACUGGACUUUGAUAAUCGCGAUUAUAUGGCUAAGCGUGUAAAUAUUGUGGCGCAUCCAUCGCAACUCAAGAUGCCGUCUGUAGAUCUCAAUGUGUUCCUCGAGCUAUUUCCCUUUACAAUUGUUCUGAAUCAUGAUAUGAAAAUAACGCUGGCCGGCGAGAAAAUCAUUGAGACUUGGAUACUGCACAAUCCGGGCGUUAAUCCUAAGGCCUUCAUUGGAACUCAUGUCAUGGAUGCCUUCAAGUGUCGACGACCGAAAGAUACAAAAAUCGAGUGGGAAACCAUUCUUCAAAUGCGAACUGUUCUCUUUGAGUUUGAAUUAAUUCGCACGGGACACAAUCGAGCUGCCUACGAUGCGGCUUUGAAUAUAGACUACGAGAACUUUGACGGCGAGAGUUUAAACGAAGCUCAGACCAUGGCUGUGGAAAAAGCUCAUGAGUUGGAGAAGAAGCAGGAACACGACGGGGAAGCUGGAGCAGCUGCGUCAAAGGAAGAAAUCGAUCCAGCUAAAGGUCAACGUCGCCCAUCGGUUGGAUUGCGAUCCAUAUUACUGAAGGGUCAAAUGUUCUACAUCAAGGAUGUUGACUCAUUGAUUUUUUUGUGCAGUCCUCUUAUAGAGAACCUCGAUGAGCUGCAUGGAAUCGGUUUGUAUCUAAAUGAUCUCAAUCCCCAUGGCUUAAGCCGUGAACUGGUCAUGGCGGGUUGGCAGCACUGCUCCAAGUUGGAGAUGAUGUUUGAAAAGGAAGAACAGCGCUCCGAUGAGCUAGAAAAGUCUUUGGAACUGGCCGAUUCGUGGAAGCGUCAAGGAGACGAACUAUUAUACUCUAUGAUACCGCGACCAAUUGCCGAGCGCAUGCGAAUGAGCCAGGAACAUGUCUGCCAGAGCUUCGAGGAGGUCUCAGUCAUUUUUAUUGAGGUGAUGAAUAUAUACGACAGCGGCUCCAAUAACAUCCAGGAAGCCAUGCAGGCUGUCAACACGCUGAACAAGGUAUUCUCUGCGCUGGACGAAGAGAUCAUCUCACCCUUUGUAUACAAGGUGGAAACUGUGGGCAUGGUUUACAUGGCAGUCUCCGGGGCACCUGAUAUUAAUCCACUCCAUGCUGAGCACGCCUGCGAUCUGGCCUUGCGUGUUACCAAGAAGGUCAAAGCCCACAAUCUACCGGAUGUGGCCAUUCGUGUGGGCAUCAACUCUGGUCCUGUGGUUGCUGGAGUUGUCGGAUUGAAGGUGCCGCGGUAUUGCCUUUUUGGAGACACUGUGAACACCGCAUCGCGCAUGGAGAGCAGCUGCGAUCCCUGGAAAAUUCAGUUAUCCAACUAUACAGCGAUGAAGGUACGCGAGGUGGGCUACAAAGUGGAACCGCGAGGUUUUGUCAAGGUGAAAGGCAAGGGGGACAUGGAAACCUAUUGGCUGUUGGAGGGACCAGAAUAAUAGUUUCGCUGUUAUUUUCAAUGUA